AUGGAUACUACACCCAGCGUCAUUGCUAUUCUUCAGCUAUCUCUGAAUGUGAUGCGAUAUAUCCACGAUAUAAGGGAUGGCGGGAAAGAAAUAUCUGAGCUUACAGCCGAAGUUCUAUCCGUCUAUAAAAUUGCAUUGGGAAUUAAAUAUGAUUUUGAUUCUCAUGAUCUAGAAGACGAGGGUGCCUGGCCUGGUCCUAUUAAACUCUUGUUCGAGCAUGGGGCGACUAUUAGACCGCCUACGAUCAACAUCAAGGACAUAAACGACAACGUAUUCAGACGUAUUGGAAAUCUCCGAUGGCCCAAGAAGCUAGAAAAGCUCAUCGCGAUAGUUGCCACGGCUAGGAAAUUAUUGUCGACGGAAGCUCUCGCACAACUACUAGACGAUGGUAGAGUCUCCAUUGAGUCAAUGAGUUCGUCUGGCCAAACUGCGUUAAGCCUAGCUGCGUCGAAAGGAUAUCUAUCUAUCGUGGAGUUGUUGCUCGACCGCGGUGCCAACCUAGAUACUGGAGAUAUGUAUGGAGGCCCACCGCCGCUUCGUGCCCUCAAUAACAACCGCCUAGAAUAUGUUCGUCUCUUAAUAGAACGCGAUGCCAACUACAGGCUUAAAGAUUCCCUCGGACGCGCCGCGCUACAUGCAUGUGCUAUCAUCAAUAAACGAGGCGUGAUGAGGAAGUACCUUCUAAAGAAUCUGGAUCUUGAUCAGAAUGUUCAAGGGGACGGUGGCAGUAACCGAAAGAUUGCUCGAGCACGGGGCUCGUAUAGAUAUCGAAGAUAA